GUUCGCGGUGGACUUUCGUUGUGGCCAGUUCAUACUUCUUCUAACCAGAACGCGAUCCUGGUGUGUUUUACAGCAUAAUGAGUGCGUUAGCAGCGAUCAUAGUAGCCAUCAUCGUACGGAUGGUGGCCGGUAGUACGAUGGACAUCCAAGUGAGCCAACCCAACUCUCACUCGUAUCAUCGGCAGGACAUGAAACGAGGUGAGUUCGACUACGGCUAUCACGUGAACACGGUCAGCAACCAGUUCCAGCAUAAGGUGAAGGGACCAGACGAUGUCACGUACGGUUGUUACGGUUACGUCGAUCCCUCGAACCGAAAACACCUUGUCUACUAUGUCGCGGAUCGGAUGGGCUAUCGGAUCAUCUUCCCGAAUCGACCGACCAAGAUCUUCUCCGCUAAACUGGCGGACAGUUUGAACAAGCUAGAUGGCAGUGUAAAGGGAAAGGACUAUGAUGAGCGUGUUGUUGAGUGGAACAAUCUGUACAUGCCGGAGUCGUGCUUCCGGUUGAACGAAAUUCUUGAUACGGCCGCCAGUAACCAGCAGACUCACCAGACGGUUGUACCAGCCCAGCCACCGGUUUCCCAGAAUCAACAGCGACAACCAGUUGGCCCUGUUUCAUCGGGUCAAACGGGACAGCGAACUCCGGAGCUACCACGUCCUACGCAGUACACGAUUCCGACUCCGAGCUACUCGGUCGAUGAACCGGUAACGGAUCUCUAUGGAGAAGGCAGUGACGUUGAAGGUCAACGGCCCGUUUCGCCCGGUGCAGGACUUGGAGUGAUCAGUGUGCAGGAACAGACGUACCCGGGACGCCAGCAGCCGGAAGUUGCACAACCGGGAUGGCCAGGUUCUCUGCCGGACAUCAAUCCGGCCAACAUCAAUCUGGAUCAGUUCAAUGGACAGGUCUAUCCGAUCCACACCGGAGCGUACGGUGGUAAUGGUGGCGAGCCACAGGGUACCAUCGGAGCAGGUCAGUCCCUGUCUCCCUACAACCUCAACAUUACGCAACUUCUGGCACAGAUCGAAGCGGUCAACUCGCAGGUCAUCACAUUGAACAUGCUGCUCGCCGGUAUGGCCGCUAAUCCGACGGCUUUCGCUAAUGCCAACGAGAGCAGCUGCCGCAGUGUGGUGCAGCUACUGAAGACGCAAAACCGCACCCCGCAGCUCGUCUACGUACCGAUCAUGAUCCCGUACGCCGAGGGUCAGUACAAUGUUAAUCAACCGAUCGUACCAUCGAGACCGGAUGCGCACCGUCAGCGACCGGGGCCGGCUGCUGGCUGCAAAGGCUGCUAAUAGGGUGUACAGUGCGAAGGGGGAUGCACUGACAAUGGUGCGUGAGUGCUCCAACGACCCCGAGAAGCUGUGGUGGAGUGAUUAGAACUCUCGGUACUUUCCCUCCGUAAUCGUACCGCUGGUGGCUAAUGUUGAUGAUUUCGUGUGACUUCUAAUCUGGGUCAAGGCGGCCUUCUGAUCCUGGUGAUUGAUCAGCCAUAACAACAAACGCUCACGGGACCCGUGUGUUUUACUGAUAACAAGUAAAUAAAUAAUUUGAAAUAACAAAA